UGGUCUGGUAUGUGAUUGAUCUGACCUUGCUAGUUGCGAAGGAGCUUGAGAAAUGGAUGAAUUGCCGGAGAGCAGUGCAAGCGGUAGUAAUGGCGGUGGCCAGCUGGAGCCCUUGGAUUACUUCCGCGGCGUGGAGUCGUCGACGUGCCUGCUACUGACGCCGAGUCCUACGCCGCUGGAUUUUAAGCAUCCCCUGUCCGAGGAAAUGAAUGAAGGGCCUUUUAUAACGCUCAAUGAUGAACCUAUUGUAAACCUGCAGAAUCUGGCCAACUGUGAUGCUUCGGGAGGUGACUCCUGCUCCUCAGGAGACUCGAACUCUGUAGUUCAAGACCCAGUCAGCGCACAGCUAAUCAACAACAUCAGCAUGAUGGAUUAUCAGACACUAAGCAAAAAUGCAGACCUAGUUACUGGCGAGUGCUUAUUGUUUCAGGUUGAGGAUUGCAAAACUAACGGAAGCCUCAACUUUGGCAACAGAAAAUUGCCAAAUUUUGUUAACUGGAAUUGGUGCAUUAUUCGUAAAGUAAUGCUUUGGGUGGUCCUGUCAGGCCUUGUGGCUUGCUUGGGUGCAAUUAUUGGUAUGGUGAUCUCCAUCCCCAAGGUGUGUGACCCUGAUCUUCCAUGGUACCAAGGAAAGGUAUUUUAUGAAGUUUUCCCUGCUAGCUUUAAAGAUUCAAACAAUGAUGAUAGAGGUGAUUUGAAAGGAGUUAUUAUGAAACUGGAUUACAUACAAAAUCUUAAUGUAGCUGCUUUAAGAUUAAAUUACAUAUACCAGGCUAAUGGUUAUCCAGAGCACUAUUUCAAUGUAACAUCUCUAAAAAAUAUUGACAGUAGCAUUGGAGACUUGGCAGAUUUUGAACACCUAGUAACAGAAGUACAUAAUAGAAAUAUGUCAAUCAUCCUCGAUAUACCUGUGUGGUCACUGGCUUACCCUCAUUCUUCUUCAAUUCAUAAUGCUACUCAACUAAGAUAUUCAGAUCCUACAUCUGAUGCCAUUGACUUUUGGUCCAGAAAAUAUAAUGUUGAUGGAUUUUAUUUGAAAAACUUAGAAAGAUAUGUCAGUGACAUUGACUUAGGACAAACACUAAAAUUGUGGAAGCAAAUUAUUGGUUUUGACAAGAUACUGAUUGCCAGUGAACAGGCUUAUAAUAAAGCUAAAGGUGAUAAUUUAAAUGUCUUGUUGUCUAGAAUCGAUCUAAUUGAUGUGCACUUAGACCUCGGAAGAGGUAUAAAUGAGUUGAAAGAUAAAAUUAAAACUGUUAUAAAUGGGCCCCUGUGGACUAAACCACACUAUCCUUGGGUACAUUGGAACUUAGGUAAUAUUGAUAGUCCAAGAGUGGCCACUGAAAACGAUAAAAAUGUUUUAGCACUUGCAGUACUCGAAUUAAUAUUGCCUGGCACAGUAAGCAUUUUUUAUGGAGAUGAAAUUGGUCUUGGGGAUAUGCCACAUUAUGAGGCGGAACAGGAUUACCAUGAGUAUGAAAAUGUACGUAAUUUGGUGCAGAUGAAAUUCUCGAAUAACGGAAGUAAAGAUAAAAAUAUUAUGCAAAAACACGUGCAAUGGAACCCUGAGUCGGGUUUACAACCGAAAUACAAUUUCUUACAUAUAAUAAAACAAUUAGUUAAAUUGAGGUUAAGGACGCCGACAAUUUAUUUAAGGUCCUUUUUCAAAGAUGGCAAUGUAUUGAAGAACAUGGAAAUUCGCAAUGUAACCAAUGAAGCUGAACAAAAUCUUUUCAUAAUCGAAAGAUGGUAUCCACGGAGGAAUACGUGCGUUUUUGUUGCCAAUCUUGGCAACAGCUCCAUUACCACUGACUUAACCACGAUGUACUACGGGGGCACCGUCAUAUCCGGUACCAACAGCUCCUUGAUAGGACAAGUUAUCUACUUUGACCGGGUAACGUUUCCACCGAAUACUGCCAUUGUGUUUAAGCUCGAAAAGUAAAUAGUUCUAGAUAGCUUCCGAGCGGAAUUCUAGGUAGCAGUAACACAUGUAGACAUAUAUGUAGGUAGUACCUAUUAUUAUGAUUCUGAUUGAUAUUUUUAUCUGGUACUUAAUUAUAUACUUUUAAACAAAACUAUUUAGCAUGCUCUUAAAUUCCAUAAGAAUAAUGGUUUCCAAAUAACUUCCACACUUAACUCUUUUUUUGAGUAGGUAUGUACUAAUUGUAGGGGAGAGCGGGGACAAACGUAACGUCGGGUGGAAAGUAACUAUUGCUCUGUAGGUUUACCUAUAAUAGCAUAGAGUAACUUAUACUAGAGCGGUACUGUCAUAGUAAAUUUUGUAACCCCAGUAAAUUCACUGCCAUCUGUCGACACACUUUAAGACUAAAAAUAAAUAUUUAUAAAAAUACGAUAAAAUGUAUUUAAAUAUGGAUAAAUGAUUUUUUUUAUUUGCAUUAAUUAUUUUUAUGAUUUUGACCCAUGUUCUUUCACUGAUAUGCGUUAAAAUUGUUAAAUAACAAACAAAACCGUCAACGCCAUCUAUACGACAGUAAGCCAAAGCUAGUAGCGCCCUCUGAACGAGAAUCAAAAUUUCUUGAUUUUCGAGGCACGUUUUUUCCUUAGACUGUAUACAUCUAUUACGGAGUUAUAUCUAUCUUUGAUAAUAGUCAAAACACCACUCCGCUGCUAUUAAGUGAUAGCCGGUGGCGCCCCCUUCACUUGCAUUCAGUCGAAACGAGCGCCACGUGCUUAGGUUGUGUGAGAGGACGCAACGUGAUUUAUCGAAUCAAAAGUGCGUUUUUUGACUUUUAGAUAUUUAAUGUUUACGUUGUAACUUGUAUUAAAAGACAUACAUUUAUCUGAAUAUUUGCAUAUUGAUUAGAUUGAUUGCAAAAUGUUUUCAUUUGUUUUUCUUUAGCACGUUGUAUUUCAACGAUAUUGUUCACGUUUUCAGAAAAAAUGCGGUCGGGUACAAAAGUAACAAAGCCGUAUGGGUACAAAAAUAACAUUUACAUCCCAUACAAUGUAUUUGGAUCUAAUAUGGGCACACAUGCUUAAUACGUCAAUGAUGAUUUAAAUGAUACUUUGCUAUGUUUGUGAGUGAAAAGAAGUCUGACCCUGAAUUAUUUGAUUAGAAAACAUGUUUAUAACACAAUAAUUGAUCUCAUCACUUGAAAUUAAAAUAAUUUCUAACGAGGAAUUAAUAUUGAUUUGUUUUCUUAAAAUGCUAAUGUUUAAGUAGUCACAAUGCAAACAUUAAAGUGUGUUUAAAUACUUUUUUUAAUUUAUUCUAUAGGACAUUCUUACACAGAUUGACUAAGUCCCACGGUUACGCCCAAGGAGGCUUGGGUUAUGGGUAUAUAUAACAAAGGUAUAUAUACAACGAUAUAUAUAAUAAAUACUUAAAUACAUAAAAAACACCCAUGACUCAGGAAUAAGUAUCUGUGCUCAUCACACAAAUAAAUGCCCUUACCAGGAUUCGAACCCAGGACCAUCGGCUUCACAGGCAGGGUCACUACCUACUAGGCCAGACCGGUCGUCAAUUUCGAGGUCGUGUUAUUAUUAUUAAUAAUAAUUUACAUAAUUAGUAUUUUUUUUAUUUCAUGGCGUAUACAUCGUUUCGUGUCGUAUUAUUAGUCAUUACAAACCUCUGUGUCUUUGUUACUUUUGACCCACAACGUGUUACUUUCUUUCGGCCCGCCAACGGGGUCAUAAGUAGCAAAUAACGUAUUUUUCUAAAGUCACUCUAAUACAUACAAAAUACACAAUUAUAAGGUUAAUCAAGAUGUUAAUGUACAGAACAUGAACUGAAGUUAUAUAUGACUACAUUAAUUUAAUCAAAAUAAUAACGGUUAGCUAGAAACUAAGUCUCUUUGUACUCAAAGUGUUUCGUGUGUCCUCGCUCUCCCCUACUAUGUGUGUUAAUUAAGUGUGCAGUUAUUUUUUAAUUUGUUUUUUAUUCGUUUAAAUAUGUCUCAGUAAAAAAUAAUUUUACUAGAUAUAUUUUUAAAUUAACUUUAUUUGAAAUAUCGAUCUGCGAUGUAAUAGAUCUGCUAAAGCACAAGAAACCUUUAUAGUUUCGCCAUGUCCGUCUGUUCGAGGCUUUGCUCCGUGAUUAGUGCUAGAAAGCUGCAAUUAGGCAUGGAUAUAUAUAACAUUAAACCGACAAAGUCGUACAAUAAAACCCAAAAACAAAACAUUUUUUUUAGGGUAAGUACCUCCUCUACUAGUGGGGGGAGUAAUUUUUUUUGGCUUUAAACCUAUCCAACGAUACCCCACAGUGUGGGGUAUCGUUGGAUAGGUCUUUCAAAACGAACCCUACACUGAGUAUGGCCCGACAUGCUCUUGGCCGGUUUUAUUUAUUUUAUUUUAGUGGUGCGUAUUUAAUGGGGUUCAAUAAUUAUACCAUUGAUCUGUGUUGUGUAGUUUGAUAGUUUAAUAGGUAGAAUUUGUUGGUUGUCUAAGUAUUUUAUUAAGUAUAGUAUUAUUGAAAUAAAUUAUUCCUAUAUUAAUUAUUGCGUAUAGCAAUUGAAUGUACUUCCGUUUAGGGGGUGCUCCCGGUACUGGUUUUCUUUAGUUUGUACCUAAUCCGGAAUUCCCGGUUCUCGUCAUACAAAUUCAGCGCCGGAAGCAUUCCCUACUUCCGUUAUUAUUUGUGAGUUUUCAAGCAAAAGGUACUUACCACAUUGUCGCUUGCCAUAAGGACGAUCUGGCAGGUUUUUCGUAUAUACUUUAUAUAAAGAUACUCGGUACAAACAAUUUGCGUCCUUAUGGUAAGCGACAAUGUGGUACCUUUUGCUUGAAAACGUCGCAUUUGUGGCUCAUCAAUAUUUUUUAAGGAUUAUUAAGAAAUAAGACAUAAUUUUACACAUAAUUUUUUUAUUUACAUUUGUACACAUGGUUGUAUGUACUCAUUACACUUGAUUAUAUAUACAUGUAAAGAUUGUUUAAACAAAAUAAAUAGCUGCAGAU